UUGUCUCUCACCGCCAAAAAAAACCCUAGCAGCUCUCCCUCUCAUCCCUCCCUCUCUCGUAGCGACGGGAACCGGGAUGCACGGAACCCCCCAAAAAUCCAGACCCAAAUCCUCCCCUCGGAGGCCCAAAACCUCGCCGGGGGCCCCUCCGACGCCGGAAUCUGCCACUCCUCGCCGCUCCCUCCGCCGGAUCUCCUGCAUUUCUGAACCCAAAUCCCCUCAGACGCCGAUCCCCCGCGUUGCCAAGUCCCUCGCCACCGAUCGCCUGGAAACCCCCCGAUCCGCCAGGAAAUCCAGGAAAUCUCUGCUUUGUUCCGAGAAGACGCCAUCCAAAGCCCCAACCUUCUCGCCGGUCACUCCGAACCCCCCAGAAUCCAAGAAGAGGAAACGGUCCGAAACUGGAGAGUCAAAGCCGAGAGCAUCGAGGACUCCAAAGGGGCGGGUGUAUUAUAAGAAGGUCGUGUACGAUGGUGGGGAGUUUGAGGUGGGAGAUGAUGUGUAUGUCAAGAGGAGGGAGGGGGCGGAGUCCGAUGACGAGGACCCGGAGGUGGAGGCUUGCCGGAUUUGUUUCCAGUCCGGAAGGUUAGUGAUGAUAGAGUGCGAUGAUUGCUUGGGGGGGUUCCAUCUCAAGUGCCUGAAGCCUCGACUGAAAAAAAUUCCAGAGGGGGAAUGGAUUUGUAGGUUUUGUGAGGCUCGAAAAAUGGGGAAAGAGGUCGAGCUCCCAAAACCCCCGGAAGGGAAGAAGCUGAGCAGGACAGCAAAGGAGAAACUCCUUUCUAGCGACUUGUGGGCUGCCCGGAUUGAAAGUUUUUGGAAAGAACCUGAUGGGAUCUACUGGAUGAAGUGCCGGUGGUACAUGAUCCCUGAAGAGACUGUAGUUGGGAGGCAACCUCAUAAUUUGCGGAGGGAGCUCUACCGCACAAAUGAUUUUAGUGAUGUUGAGAUGGAAUCUGUCCUUAGGCAUUGCUAUGUUAUGAGCCCCAAGGACUUUAGAGAAGCUGACAAUGAGGGAGAUGAUGUGUUUUAUUGUGAGUAUGAGUAUGAUGUCCAUUGGCACAAUUUCAAGCGUAUCACAGAUAUUGAUAAUGAUGAUGAGGAUGGGGAAGAAGCUGGAAAUGAUGAGGAAUGGAAGUUUCCUGAGGAUUUGCAUGGUGAUAUAGAUGAAAAUUCAGAAUAUGAAGAACAUAAGACUAUUGAUUACUCUGCUCAGAAGAAUCGAACUCAUGAAUUGGCUGCGAACUCACACAAGGGAAGGAUAUUUGGUCUUCAAAGAAUUGGAAUAAAAAAAAUCCCAGAACACGUGAGGUCUCAUAAGCAGACUGAUUUGGAAAAGGCGAAAGCAACACUGCUGUUAGCAACUUUGCCCAAAUCAUUGCCUUGCAGAAAUAAGGAAAUGGAGGAAAUAGCUGCAUUUAUCAAAGGUGCCAUUUGUGAUGAUCAAUGUUUAGGCCGCUGCCUUUAUAUUCAUGGUGUCCCAGGAACUGGCAAGACUAUGAGUGUACUUGCAGUGAUGAGGAAUCUUAGGUCUGAAGUUGAUGCGGGAACUAUAAGACCCUAUUGCUUUGUAGAUAUCAACGGUCUGAAGCUUUCUUCUCCUGAGAAUAUUUACAGGGUUAUUUAUGAAACAUUAAGCAGUCGCAGGGUUGGAUGGAAAAAGGCUCUUCACUAUCUAAAUGAGCGAUUUUCUGAUGGCACUAAAGUUGGCAAAGAAGAGAACAAACCCUGUGUUCUGCUUAUUGAUGAACUUGAUCUUCUUUUGACCAGAAAUCAAUCGGUGCUUUACAAUAUUCUUGAUUGGCCCACUAAACCUCAUUCGAAACUCAUUGUCAUAGGGAUAUCAAACACUAUGGAUCUUCCGGAGAAGUUACUCCCACGGAUAUCGAGCCGAAUGGGGAUUCAGAGGCUAUGUUUUGGCCCUUACAAUUAUCAACAGUUGCAAGAAAUUAUAUCAAGUCGUCUUAGAGGUCUUGAAGCAUUUGAAGAGCAAGCCAUUGAAUUUGCUUCUAGAAAGGUUGCAGCUAUGUCUGGUGAUGCUAGACGUGCGCUGGAAAUAUGUAGACGUGCAGCAGAGUUAGCAGAUUAUCGGCUCAAGCAAAUGUCACAGUCCAAACAGUCAUCUUUCCCUGUUGAUACUUCUAAAGGAAAACACCUAGUUGGCAUGACGGACGUUGAAGCUGCUAUACAGGAAGUGUUUCAGGCGCCACAUAUUCGAAUAAUGAAAAAUUGUUCAAAACUGAGCAAAGUUAUGUUGGUGGCUAUGGUGCAUGAACUCUACCGAAGCGGAUUGGGUGAAAUUACCUUUGAAAGGUUGGCAACAACUGUUCACUCUUUAUGCUCAAGCAAUGGAGAGGUGCUUCCUGGAUGGGAUACCCUCUUGAAAAUUGGCUGCAAGCUUGGUGAGAGCAGAAUAAUUCUUUGUGAGGAAGGCACAAAGCAUAGAUUGCAGAAAUUGCAGCUCAACUUCCCCAGUGAUGAUGUAGCUUUUGCAUUGAAGGAUUGCUCAGAAGUUCCUUGGUUAUCAAAGUAUCUAUAAUUACUGGCAUGGUGGAGUAAUGCUGCAUUCUUUAAUUCCUCCUUUUCAGAACAUUCACAAGGUUGGGGUGUUCUCAUGGUGAGUUAAUGUUGCUCUCUUU